AUGAUCCUCGUGCGACGUCCUUUGUAUCUUAUGGUUGUGCUGUUAAGCGUGGCAUUUGUGGUGGCAGGUGAGGCACAACAAGAACCGGCUGAACUUGCUGAAGGUGCUGGAGUUAUUCCUGGUGUAGAUGGUUGUAAAACUCAGUCUACUGGUCCAGAGUGUCCUCGUGUCGGUAGUAACCCUGCAAUUCCUCUUGUUGAAUGUGCGGAGUCUCCUCAAAAGGAAGAUUGCACUCCCACUACUCUUACACCUACGGGUAAUUGCGAUGAGAAUUCUACAACUCAUUGUACACCAAAGGCAACGCAAGAAUUGGGCUCUGUUAAAGCAGGAGAAGAUGAGAGAAACAGAGAGCACGAACAUCACGCUGCCAACGGUACAAUUGAUCCUUCAAGUCCCAGGGGUUCUGUGUCUACGCUAUCAAAUAAGGAUAGGGCGGAAACAGGUCCCGAUGGUACUCUCGGUGAACAACCUCCUCGGGAUUCUCAACCUGGAAAAGAAACUGAACCUUUUCCUUCCCCUGCUGCACCU